CAGUUUAACAUAUUUUGUUUCUCUGCUUCAGGCAUCAGUGAAACAAUUUCAUGCAACCACCAGUUUGCUCCUCGACUGAUGCUCAUCAAUCCCGAACAGUUGACUGAAAAUUGUCAAUUUGUUGGCUAUCAAUGUUCGAAUUACGACGAUUAUGAAAAGGGAAAGUGUACAGAUUGUGGAACGGAUGGAAAGAAAUGUGCUGUUCUAUCAAUUUUUGGUGAAACUGAUCGUGGUUCAGGCCAAGCUUUUCAAGAACAAAAGCAAACCCGAUUCAGAGAUGCAGCCUUUAAAAAGUAUUACUACAAAACUGGUGCCCAAUCUCCAUAUUGCUUACAUCAUUAUGGAAUCGAGAUUCAUUUGGCCAACAAUUCAGAGUCAGGCACUGGAUCAUUUACUUUGGAUCUUGAAGGUUCUAAGAGGAAGGCUGAUGGAAUCAAAGUUAGCGAAACAUUUUCAAGCUUUAAACCUGGUCAAACUUAUACCUUUCUAGUAACUUAUGAAAAAAGUUUGGGUUCAUUAAGGAAAGCUGUCAUGAAAUGGACUUUCAAAGGCAUUGAUGUAUUGAAUCCCUUGAAACUCAUCUCUAGUCCUAAAAUGAUAAUCGAUCGACUGGCAAUAAAAUAUAUGAGCAACAUUGAUCCAAGACUUCGAGAAGAAGAGUCGUCAAUUCUGUGCCCAGAGCAAUCGGACACAGUCUCCAAUGGCAAACAAAUCAACUUCGUUCCCUGUCGUGGUGGCCAAGGCUCUGGAAACUCAAUUUCUAGGUUAAAUAAUGGACAAAAAAACCAGAGUCAACAUCAGGGAAAUAACGCAGGAACUUGGUCUAACAGCCAAAAGCGGCCUCAAUCAAAUGGUUACACUACUCCAGGUUAUUCAACUCCUCGAUAUCAAACAAGCACAAGCCACCCUAAUGGUGGAGAUCAUCGAAUCACUUCAAAUUAUUCCUCAUCAUCCAAUAAUCGUCGACCAAGUUAUUCAACUUCCCUCUAUCAAACAACACCAAGUUAUAAUGACUCAUCAAUCCGACCAAGUACAUCUCGCUAUCAACCAGUGGCCAACUAUCACACACCGUCCAGUUACCAUGCUUCUUUCAACCAACGGCCUUUUUCAUCCUCUUCACCCUCAUCACUGUAUUCACCACUGAACACAUGGAAUCGUAGACCGGCGAGUCCAUCACUUUGGACUCAAGAUGAACCACUCAGAUCCCGAUUUCGUCCUCACCGUGACCAAAUUCGACCAUUUUUUUAUUCUAGCUUGACAAAAAGCUCUUCAGAUCCACGAGUCAAACUUCAUUUGGGUGACAAUGUUGGUGAAAUUUACCGUAAUUUAGGAGAAAGUUCAUUCUUUACAUCAGAUUCAAGCAAGAUUUUGCCUUCAAGAACAAAUCAAAAGUUUGAAGAAAUGUUCAAAACCUCAACACCAAGUCUUUUCUUGUCUAGUGAUUUGCAUGUGGACGGAUCUGUUGAUUCAAUUGUCAUCGCUAGCAAUAGUCGAUCACCUGGAAGCUGGCGUGAUGUUCCUGAUCGUAGGUUUGGAGAGUUCCGGAAUAAAUCAGCACGAUUAGUAUCUAGACAAAGAUCUCAGACAAAUGGUAAAGUUUUAAACUUUGACGGAUCAACUGCAGAAUCAGAUGAAAUGCGACAAAAGUAAAAGGUUUUAAAUUUCCUAUUCCAUUUCUCCUUGACAUAAAAUGUUCCUUGAUUUAUAUAUUUUUAAAUAUUUCAUCUCUUUUGUAAGAUUAAAACCAAUUGCUUCUUCAA